AUGGAGAGAUAUAUUGCUUGGAGUCUUUACCUACGGUAAGUAAUUAAUUUCAUUAUUCUUUUGGCCAAAUGUCAUAUUCACAAAUGUAAAUGUAUAAAGAAAACGCCACAUUUUCUUACCUUUUACAAAAAAGAAAUCAAACUAUAUUUUAAGACGAUUAAAUACUCUACCAGAAUUUAAAUGUUAGAAUUAUAAAUGUGUGUAUGUCCCUUUAAGGUUCUGUGUAAUGUGAUAUUGUACCCCCUAGCCCCGCCUCUAGCCCAGUUGUAUAUUGUCUAUAUAUACUUGUGUUCCCCAUAUACUUUUUGUAUUGAUUUGUUGUUAAUAAUAAUAAAAAAUAAUUUAAAAAAGACAGAGAUCUGUCACAUUUCCUAAUAGUUGUUUCAGCUGUUUUAGUAAAUUGAACCAUGUAUUUUGCUAUAAACAAUGUCUUCUUUUGUAAUCGCAUUAUUAUUCAGCCUUUGUAGUUCAGCAGCCUAUACUGAAAUGUUGCCUAACUGUUCCUGGAGGAGAAAUGUAUAGCUACAGUGCUUUGAAAAAGUAUUUGCCCCCUUUCUGAUUUUCUCUACUUUUGCAUAUUUUUGAUACUGAAUGUUAGCAGAUCUUCAACCAAAACCUAAUAUUAGAUAAAGGGAACAUAAGUGAACAAAUAACACAACAAUUACAUAUUUAUUUCAUAAACAAAGUUAUGCAACACCCAAUUCCCCUGUGUGAAAAAGUAAUUGCCACCUUACACACAUAACUGGUUGUGCCACCUUUAGCUGCAAUGACUCCAACCGAAUGCUUCCUGUAGUUGUUGAUCAGUCUCUCACGUCACUGUGGAGGAAUUUUGGCCCACUCUUCCAUGCAGAACAGCUUUAACUCAGUGACGUGUGGGUUUUCAAGUAUGAACUGCUCGUUUCAAGUCCUGCCACAACAUCUCAAUUGGGAUUAGGUCUGGACUUUGACUAGGCCAUUCCAAAACUUCAAAUUUGUUGCUUUUUAGCAAUUUUCAUGUAGACUUGAUUGUGUGUUUUGGAUCAUUGUCUUCCUGCAUGACCCAGCUGCGCUUCAGCUUCAGCUCACAGACAGAUGGUCGGACAGUCUCCUGUAGAAUUCUCUGAUACAGAGCAGAAUUCAUGGUUCCUUCUAUUAAGGCAAGUCGUCCAGGUCCUGGGGCAGCAAAGCAUCCCCAAACCAUCACACCACCACCACCAUGCUUGACCUUUGGUAUGAUGUUCUUACUGUGGAAUGCAGAGUUUGGUUUUCGCCAGACAUAAUGGGACCCAUCUCGUCCAAGCAAUGUGGUUGGUCCACCGCGACAACCAUGGGUCACCCGGCCGCUCAGCCUGUCUGCCAGGGUCUUUCGAGGUACACCAUGCACCUUGGUAGAUGAGAAAAUAAAACUGUUACUAGCAGAUGAAAUUCACAGAUGUGAAUUUUAGAUAUUGGUUACCAAACACUGGACAUAUGUGCCGUUUUUAGACUUGAACACCGGUCCCCUGAAUGUCUCUGCAAGGUCCUGACAAAGAGGAUUCCACCGAAGCAUUUCCAGGAAAAACCAUGGCGUGAAUUCUCCACUUAAUGUCAAUUCUAUAGAAGUGUUGUUCUACUUCCAUGGAACUUACCUGCAUCACCUUAGAGCAGAGGAGGUGAGAGACCGCCCCCUUAUGACAAGGAAAGAAAUGUUUUUUCCCCCCUCUCCAUUGGCUUAAAAAGAGAGCUCACACAGGCAGAAAGUAUUGCAGGACUAUUAUUCUCUCUCACACACAGCCACAGACAAAGUUUAGGCAUCGAAGAGUUGGUUACUGGGCUGAAAACCUCCCAAGUAAGUGAAAUCUUUCCUCUUAUUGAUAAUGAUGAAAGGGAAAAUGAUUGUCUAAAUGUGAUAACUAUGGAUGUUAGAGCUGUGUGAUUUUUAAAACACACAAAACAAUGUAUUCAUGGCUUCUGAGAAAAACCUGCCAGCCUGUUGAUUUGAGCGAUAUCAUUAGAUUAGAUAUGUUUAUAUAGUGUCAGUGAUGAAGUCAUUUAAACAUCCUAAGAGUAGUAUAGUAGUAGUAGUAGUAGUAGUAGUAGUAGUAGUAGUAGUAAGCAGUAGCAGUAGUAGUAGUAUAGCAGUAGCAUAGCAGUAGUAGUAGCAUUGAGUAGUAGUAGCAUAUCAUAGCAGUGUAUAGUAGUAUGUAGCAGUAGCAGUAAGCAGUAAGCAUAGGAGUAGCAGAGCGUAGCAGUGCAGUACAUACAGCAGUAGCAGUAGCCAGUAGUAGUAGUUAUAGUACAUUAGCAGUAGCAUAUCCGAUCGGUGGCAGUAUAUAGUAGUAGUAUUAGUAGUAGUAGUAUAGCGUAUAGUAAGCAGUAAAGCAGUAGCAAGUAGCAGUAUUAGUAGUAGUAGUAGUAGUAUAGUAUGUAGUUUAGCAGUAGCCAGUAGCAGUAGCUUAGCAGUAGUAGCAGUAGCAGUAGUAGUAUUAUUAUAGUAUUAGUAGUAGUAUAUUCAGUAGAGUAGCAAGUAGCAUAAUGUCAGUAGCAUGCAGUAGCAGUAGUAUGUAUAGUAGUGCAAGUAUAGCAGUAGUAAGUAGUAGUAGUAGUAGUAGUAGCAGUAGUAGUGUCCCCAGUAGCUCAGUUGGUAGAGCAUGGUGCUUGCAACGCCGCCAGGGUUGUGGGUUCGUUUCCCACGGGGGGCCAGUAUGAAAAUGUAUGCACUAACUGUAAGUCGCUCUGGAUAAGAGCGUCUGCUAAAUGACUAAAAUGUAAACGUAAAUGAUGUCUAUUGCAGCUUCCUGACCCGUGCGCCAAAGCACAUAUCUAGGAUCAGCUCACCCUCAUCAAAUCCAAACCAGGACCUUAAUAAACCACAAAGGGGAAAACUGACCUCAGACCAGUAUUUAAACCGCACGUCUUCCUGCCCAGACACUGCCUCUCCAUCCAGAGGUCCUCUGUGCUCCAGCUGUCCAUCCGUCUAUCCAUCCAUCCCAGCCAACCAGCCAUGGGUCUGAUGAGCGAAGACAUGGAUUGCUGCGUCUGCCUCCAGCCCUACUCUCGAGGGGAGAAAAUCCCUCGGAUGCUCCACUGCAAGCACACCUUCUGUGGGCCGUGCUUGGAGGCGAUGUCCAGGCUGCAGAGGGACCUGAGGAGCGUGUGCUGCCCCCUGUGCCGCUUUAUCACCUGUUGCCGGGCCAACCUCCCCCUUGCUGGGUCUCUGUGGGUUAACACUGAGAUCUGGGACCAGAUAGCAAAUAGACAGGAGGAGGAAGAGGAGGAGGAGGAGGCAUGGAAGGGAGAUAACAGACAGACACAGACCUCUACACAGUACGAAUGGUGAGUACUCCAGGCUAAGAUGGAUGGAUGGAUGGAUGGAUAGCUGCUAUGUAGAUGGAUUUAGAAACCUCUAGAAACCUUCCUCUGGUCUCUGUUAAUGGCUGGCUGUUGUUGUCUGAUCUUCCUCUUCUCUCUCUCUCUCUCUCUCUCUCUCUCUCUCUGCUCUCUCUCUCUCAAUUCAAUGGGCUUUAUUGGCAUGGGAAACAUAUGUUUACAUUGCCAAAGCAAGUGCAAUAGCUGCUCUUUAGCUGCUUUCUCUGUCUAACUCAAUCUUCUCUCUCUCGCUGUCUCUCUAUAUCUUUCUCUCUCUCUCUGUCUCUGUCUCUGUGUGUUUGUGUGUCUCUCUCUCUCUCUCUGUCUCUCUCGCUGUCUCUCUCUCUAUAUCUUUCUCUCUGUCUCUGUCUGUCUCUGUGUGUGUGUGUGUCUCUCUCUCUCUCUCUCUCUCUCUCUCUGUCUCUCUCUCUAUCUUUCUCUCUCUCUCUCUGAAUCUUGUUUUUUUGUCUUACUGUGAUAGUAUUACUUUAGCUUUCACUCAUGACGAUAGUAUCAGUGUUGUUAUUGGGUUGAUGCUCAGGACAAUGGGGUAAUUCAAGAGUCUGUUAGACAUUUUAGUAGAUUGUAAUUCUCUCCCUCUUUCUGCUCCGUUCCUCUCGUCUAGCUCUUCAUUGGGGUGUUCUGGUGUGUGGCUCAAGCUACAGAGUUUCUUGAAGAGAACGAGGCACAAUGGACUGUAAACAGAGAGGACUAAAAGAAGUGAAGAAGUGAAGUUGAUACAUUUAAAAAAAAGAAAUUGGUUCCAAUGCAGUUGUCUUCUGUUUGGGAGUGACAGCCAAUUUAGUGAUUCAUACAUUGUGCAAUUAUGUUUUUCAUAAUGGCAUCUAAUUUGCAAAGUAAGGUCUCGGUUGUGUUUUGAUAGGUGCUGUCACAAUAGUCUAGGAUACGAAGCAGCGGUUGGGUUACUAACGUCUUUCUAAUGGAUACAGUAAAACAAUUAUUAGUUCUGUAUAGGUACCAAAGCUUAUAGUUCAUUGUUUUUCUAAUAUAACCAAUAUGCUUUCCAAAAGAUCAUUCAAACACAGAUAUUUCAAACAAUUUGCACUUUCAUAUAAUGUGUACAAUGUCCGAUAUUGAAUGGGUACUGUGUACUUUAUACAAUAUACUGUGGACAAUGUUUAUAAUUGAUUUAUUUCAAUAAAGAGAAGUAGGAUUUUAUUAUCCUUAGUUUACUGUUUAUUUAAUACCAAUAAAUAUUUAACCUUUAUUUCAUUUUGAGACUCAGUUCUCUUUUUCCAAUGAGCCCUGUAAUAUUAUUUUCCUUUUCUGUUUGAAGUGCAUAUUUUUGUAUUUAAGUGAUAUUUAUUGCUAUCAUUGUAAAAUAAAUUAAUCUGCUUUAAAAUAACUGUCUUCUAGUUGUGAAAUCACUCUCUGGUGCAAUCAAUUCUGUGAGUGUGUGUAUGUCUCUCUCUCUGUCUCUCUCUGUCUCUCUCUGUCACUCUCUCUGUCUCUCUCUCUCUCUCUCUCUGUCUCUCUGUCUCUCUUCCACUCUGGUUUCAGAGAAACUAUUAUUGUAUCAGCAAAAUAAGCAAACGUCAGUAGAGCCGUAAGUAUGGUGUAAUACGCAACUAUAUCAUAUCAUUACAUAACAUAUCGCUUCCCUGUCAUUGUUACGACAUGAUGGUUUGAAUUCUUGUUUCCACGGUGCUAAAGCUCUUACUGUAAUUACGGUAUAGACAAUUCUGAGUUUAGGGUUUAUAAAGGACGUGGUUUGUUCGGUAAAAAGCAGCCAGGAGCCUGCUGCGAUAAUUGUGCACAUUUUCUAUCAUUUUUCGCCCUAAUUAUUCAUUUACAGGACGGGACUGUUAUUCUGAAGGAUUACAAAAAACUGUGCCCAGGACCGGAGACACAGGAGAAACAGGUGAUUCUUGAGAAGGUGACGACACUGGGUUGGAGCACAGAUAGAACAAUGAGCCAGAUAUUUCACUGGAUGUAUAAAUGUGAAGCAUCCGAUUGGCGUUUCCACUCACUGUUUCCAAAACUAGAAUUUAUCUCUAGUUUAACAGACAGCUUUUUAUUGGGAUUUUUAAAUUAUGCUAAUUAGAUUGGCAAGGGGGCACGGACAUCGACUCUAGUUAAAAUCACUACAAUGACAAGGCACGUGCACAGAUAGGGGUCUAUAAGUGCUACCCCCUUCAGUGAAAAUGCCCCUACAAAUAAGAUUGAUCUGUUUUAGAUAUUGGUUACCAAAAACUGGACAUAUGUGCCUUUUUUAGACUUGAACACCUGUCCCCUAAAUGUCUCUGCAAGGUCCUGCCAAAGACGAUUCCAUCGAAGCGUUUACUGGUAAAAAAUAACCAUGGCUUAAAUUCUCCACGUGAUGAACAUUCUGUAGAAGGCUGAAAGUGUUUUUUCUACUUAGAUGGAAUUUACCUGCCUCACCUGAGAGUGGAGGAGGUGACAGACCGCCCCUUAUGAGAUAUGAAAACAAAUAUUUUUUUCACCUCCCCAAUGGCUUAAAAGGAGAGCACACACAGGCAGACAGUAUUGCAGGCGUUCCCAAACUUUUUUGGCCCACCACCCCAUUUUGAUAUCUGAAAAUUCUUGGGACCCCAACCAUGUGAACAUUUUGGCAAAACUAUAGUUUGUUAACAAGAAAUUUGUGGAGUGGUUGAAAAACGAUUUUUAAUGACUCCAACCUAAGUGUAUGUAAACUUCCGACUUCAACUGUACUUAUUAACAAAAUUAAGGACGUUUAUUUUUAAAUUAUUCAGAAAUAUUAUCCUGCCAACCACUAUAUGAAGAAGUUUAAGAAAAACAUAAAUUCAAAUUGUACCUUUUGUAAUGACCACCCAGAAACGGUGUUGCAUCUUUUUAGGCAUUGUAUUCAUGUAAGGAAUCUGUGGCAAGACAUCAGUAGAUUUAAAAUUGAACACAUUUAUGAAGACUUUACACUAUUAUGGAGAGAUAUAUUGCUUGGAUUCUUUACCUACGGUAAGUAAUUAAUUUCAUUAUUCUUUUGGCCAAAUGUCAUAUUCACAAAUGUAAAUGUAUAAAGAAAACGCCACAUUUUCUUACCUUUUACAAAAAAGAAAUCAAACUAUAUUUUAAGACGAUUAAAUACUCUACCAGAAUUUAAAUGUUAGAAUUAUAAAUGUGUGUAUGUCCCUUUAAGGUUCUGUGUAAUGUGAUAUUGUACCCCCUAGCCCCGCCUCUAGCCCAGUUGUAUAUUGUCUAUAUAUACUUGUGUUCCCCAUAUACUUUUUGUAUUGAUUUGUUGUUAAUAAUAAUAAAAAAUAAUUUAAAAAAGACAGAGAUCUGUCACAUUUCCUAAUAGUUGUUUCAGCUGUUUUAGUAAAUUGAACCAUGUAUUUUGCUAUAAACAAUGUCUUCUUUUGUAAUCGCAUUAUUAUUCAGCCUUUGUAGUUCAGCAGCCUAUACUGAAAUGUUGCCUAACUGUUCCUGGAGGAGAAAUGUAUAGCUACAGUGCUGUGAAAAAGUAUUUGCCCCCUUUCUGAUUUUCUCUACUUUUGCAUAUUUUUGAUACUGAAUGUUAGCAGAUCUUCAACCAAAACCUAAUAUUAGAUAAAGGGAACAUAAGUGAACAAAUAACACAACAAUUACCAUAUUUAUUUCAUAAACAAAGUUAUGCAACACCCAAUUCCCCUGUGUGAAAAAGUAAUUGCCACCUUACACACAUAACUGGUUGUGCCACCUUUAGCUGCAAUGACUCCAAACCGAAUGCUUCCUGUAGGUCUGGUGAUUCAGUCUCUCCACGUCACUGGUGGCAGGAAUUUUGGCCCACCGCUUCCCUGCAGAACAGCUUUAAACUCAGUGACGUGGUGGGUUUUCAAGUAUGAACUGCUCGUUUCAAGUCCUGCCACAACAUCUCAAUUGGGAUUAGGUCUGGACUUUGACUAGGCCAUUCCAAAACUUCAAAUGUGUUGCUUUUAGCAAUUUCAUGUAGACUUGAUGUGUGUUUUGGAUCAUUGUCUCCUGCUGACCCAGCUGCAGCUUCAGCUUCAGCUCACAGACGAUGGCCACUCCUGUAGAAUUCUCUGAUACAGAGCAGAAUUCAUGGUUCCUUUAUAAGGCAGUGUCCAUCUGGCAGCAAAGCAUCCCAAACCAGGCUUGAUUGGUAUAUUUUCUACUGUGGAAUGAGCUGUGUGAAUUUUAGAAACAGCAAGAACAUGGUUCCUUCAUUGGCAGCUU